ACUUGUUACGUGAAUGGAAUUUUUGUAUGCUGGUUUGCCACAAUUGUUAAAUCUGGGGAGUUGCAAAAAUCUUUUGUUAUUGAUCCUGUUGGUCUCUACAGCAUAGCUGGUUGAGAGAUUUGCUCUGUUUGUCACAUGACUAGUGGAGGAAUGGGCAACCCUCUACUUUGUAAGAGAUUCCAGGCUAUUUUAGCAAAUGUUGUGUGUUUUCUAGCUGCGUUUUAGGAGCUGGAUAACUUGGUAAUUCCGUUGCUCCUUAUCUUCUGAAAGUCUUGUAGUGAAGUUUCACUUUUUCCAUUUGAAGCUUCAUGGUCUUUUCAUGUGGCUCAUUUUUCUGUAUUGGUUAAUCAAGAGCAGUGAUCAUUCAAUUGAAAUUGCCAUGUUUUGUGAAGAUUGGCAAGCUGUCAUAAGUUAAACUCUCUAUUGUUGCCAAUCUCUACAUUCUUGACACCUGGAAACUACUUGCAACUCUUGAAACCCGUCUUGAAUCUUUCUUGAGAUUGCUUUGUACUUGUUCUUGAAACUGAAAUCCAAAGGAAAUGGAUAAUGAUGAUUGGAAUCCUCAUUAUCUUGAUACUUGUUUGAAAUUAAUUCUUGCACUGUUCUUGGAAUUUAUUUUGAAUUGUCCUUGAAAGCAUUCUUGUUCUGACUCUGGUUCUUGCUCAAAUUCUGUAUACUGCUCUUGCUCAAAUCUUGCAUAUUCUGCUAGUUCUUGUGUCAGUAUACCUAAUGAUCUUUUUGAUUUUUGAUUUUGUUCAUAUGGACACCUCUUUAGGAGGGGUGAUGAUUAUUGGAGGAUACCUAUAUGAGGUAUUCUAAAUUCUUGUCUCUUGCAAGUGUUAAAUUCUGUAUUCUUUUAGCUUUGAUUUGACUCUGGGAUAUCUAGGCUAAGCAGAUUGUAGUCUCCAUGAGCUACGAGGUAAAGGGGUAGUCCUUGAAAUACUUGAUGCCCUAGAGUUUUGUUCCAAGUGAAAUGGUUCUUUGAUCUGACUGCUUGGAUUUUUGUUUGCCCUUUUAAUUGGAAGACAUGAAUCUUCUAAGCAUCUUGAUCUCAGCCAUUGCUUUGUUCUAUUAAUUAAUUCUAGUACUUGAG